AUGAAGAAAUGCACUCCAGUGGAGUUUGGCUUGAAGCUAAACAAAGCUAGAAGAGGAGAUAAGGUAGACAACACACUCUACAGACAUAUUGUAGAUAGUUUGAUGUAUCUUACUGCCGCAAGGUCCGACAUCAUGUAUGUUGUAGGUCUUAUAAGUAGGUAUAUGGAGAUCCCAAUGGAAAUCCGCCUGCUAGCUACCAAGAGAAACCUUUGCUACGUACAAGGAACUAAGGAUUUUGGUUUGUUCUACAAGAAGGUUGAAAAAUCUAGUUUGAUUGGUUUUGCUGGCAGUGAUUACGCUGGAGAUCAAGACGAUAGAAAGAGCACUUCAGGCUAUGUUUUUUUGCUAGGCAUAAGGGCUGUUUCAUGGUCUUCCAAGAAGUAA